CAGUGUAAAUGAAUUAACUGAUAAUGCUAGUCAAUUAGAAUUCAUUAAACAGCCAAAUAAAGAUUCAUUUAAUCCUAUUUCUAAACCUUUCAGCAUGCAACCAAAAGAAAUUGGUAAUAAUAGUUUGUCAAUUGAAAAAAUUAUUGACAUUUCAAAUCCUACAUUUAUUGGUAAUAAUUUAUUUAUUGAAGAUCAAGGCAAAACAUUAGAUACAGUAACUCAACAGUUAGGUUUAGGAAAAGUUGAUUAUGAUCCUGCAAGCCUGGUGGCAAGAAUAUUAAAUGAAGUUAAAGAAUAA